AUGAAAGGACUUAUAUUGAAUUGUAUGGGGAAACACGAAGAAGCGCAAGAGAGUGUCAAGAGAGGAUUAAAAGCUGAUUUACGUUCGUACGUAUGUUGGCAUGUUUAUGGAUUGGUUCAGCGAAGUGAGAAGAAAUACGACGAGGCGAUGAAGGCGUAUAAGCAGGCGUUGAGAAUCGAUAAAGAUAAUAUGCAAAUUCUGCGAGAUCUUUCUCUUUUGCAAAUUCAAAUGCGUGAUUUGGAUGGGUAUCGCGUUAGUACUUCACUUCACUUUGUUUUGCUUAUUUUUUAUUGA